UAGAAAAUAAUAAACAUAUCAAAACCCUAAAAUCUGUAGCUUCUGAAAUCUCUCUCGCUCUCCCGUGACAACUCAUCAUCUCCUCCCUCUUUCUCCCUCCAUUCGCAGAAUCGCGGGCCCUGCAGCCACUCUGUCGUCAGUCGUUGCUCGUCCGUCUCCACCUCCAUCUCCGGUUCCCUUCGUAAGCUUCGCGCGACGCAUCCGUUUUCACUGCGUCUGGCCACAGCGCAGUCGCGCCGUUCUCUCAUCACUUCAUAUUCGUCAGUACUUAGACGUCUCCCUCCUCGCGCGCGCCCCACUGAUCUUUCUUAUCACGCCAAUGUUGAAGAAGAGUUCCAAAGUAACUCCAAAGAAGUUGCAAGAGAAUGCCAUUGGGGAAGAGCAAAAGCCUUCUUCUGUACCGAAAAAAGCAGUUAGCGAAAUUGAUGAAAUAUUCGCUGGAAAAAAGAGAAAGAAAUCUGAUGCGAAAAAAACUGGAAAAUCCGGUGACGUAACUAAGAGUGCUGAUAAAACAAAGAAGAUGAAGAAUGAAAAGAAAAAAUCCAAAAGGGUAGAUGAUGGUGAGUUUGUAGAUCGGCCUUCUCGACCAAGAAAGAAAACAGAGGAUGGACUUACUAUCUAUUCGGAAGAGGAGUUAGGUCUUAGUAAAGGGGAUGCUGGAAAUACUCCACUUUGUCCAUUUGAUUGCUCUUGUUGCUUUUAAUGGAAGCUGCUAAUGAUUUGUGCACUGAUUUCCUUGCUCCAACAAACGAAGGUGUUGUGGUUGUAUUACAUCCUUUAUUAUUUACAGUUGGGCCAAGUGUGACUUGAGUUAUGUUGUAAUGACCUUGAAUUCUUUAGAUCUAGAUAUGAUUCCUUGAAGUAAUUUCAAUUUUGCAACAGUUUUAGUUCCGCUCUUCUAGGCUUUACUCCCUUCAAACAUAAAAUUAUUCAUGUAUGAUGUCUCAGCCAAACGGUUUGAGUGAUUUAUUAGAAAAUGGAGGGAAUGUUUUGAGGUGCUUCUAUUUCAUUGAGUUGUCUUUUUUUUAUUAUUUUAAUAUAUAUGUAAUGAUUUGUUCCAUCACUGACAUCUUUUAUCCUCUGAAACCUUCGUAGCUGAUUUCAGUGUUUGUGUUGUAAGUUGUAACUUCUUCGGUUAUGUUGUAGCAAUUAAUUUUAUUAUGUACUAUGAUUAGCUUUA